GGAUAUGUCAGGCCGGGUAGUUUUUCACAAUUCGGGCUACAAGUUGUCCGUCAAAUAUCGAACUUUUAGAACUAUUGUGUAAUAGUUCGACAGUACGAUCGGUGGUUUGCUGCAAUAACAAUACUUGGUACACACUUAUAUGUACUCUUACAUUCCCUCUCUUUCUCUCUUAAACUCUGUUACCCUUAUUGAGAGUAGUUACGGCGCUGUCUGUACGACUAACAAGUCAACGAAACUCCCCACCCCUUUUAAAGUAUUUACUAUCAGUACAUUUGUAAACCGUUAUCUAACAUCACUGCUGCGUCACAUGUGGAGGAGUUAGUUCCAUCACAAAUGUCGACUUAAUUGCUCUCAUACGCGUUCGUCUUCUCUAAGUCCGGGGCUUUAUUUCACACUGGGACCUGUAACAGAAACCGAAGGAAAAAUGUCGACAACACAUGUACCAAAUGUAUAUCUACUACCAGUGAUCCAGUUCGCAUCUGGUGGUUGCGCCGGUCUUGUGGAAGUGUCUUUGAUGCACCCACUCGAUUUAAUCAAAACAAGGUUUCAAAUUCAAAGAGGACCAGAAGAUCCAAACAGAUACACCUCCUUGUAUGACUGUUUCAAAAAGAUUUCUAGAAACGAAGGAAUGUUAGGAUUUUAUAAAGGAAUUCUUCCUCCAUUACUUGCAGAAACACCCAAGAGAGCAACCAAAUUUUUUGCAUUUGAAAGAUACAAGAAUUUGUUUGCGUAUGGGGAACACAUUCCUCAACCGAUAGUUUUGACUCUAGCAGGACUAUUUUCAGGUCUCACUGAAGCUGUUAUCAUCAAUCCCUUUGAAGUGGUCAAAGUUAAAUUACAGGCUGAAAGGGACAACAUAAAGGGGCAAAAGAGUACUGUUGCUACUGCCAGAGAAAUAUUCAAAGAACAUGGAUUUGGUCGGAAAGGAUUGAAUAAAGGAUUAACAUCAACUUUAGGCCGACAUGGAAUCUUCAACAUGAUAUAUUUCAGUCUUUACCAUAAUGUGAAGAAUACAUUUCCUGAAACUGAGGACAAAGUUUUGGACUUUUUAAAGAAAUUUACUGUUGGCUUUAUUUCUGGUGUUCUUGGAUCUUGUACUAACAUUCCAUUUGAUGUUGCCAAGAGUCGUAUCCAGGGCCCUCAACCAGUUCCUGGUGAAAUAAAAUAUCAGAAAUGUUUCCAGUCUAUACACUUGAUUUAUAAAGAAGAAGGAUUUUUUGCUCUUUAUAAAGGCUUAGUCCCAAAAGUUCUCCGACUUGGACCAGGUGCUGCCAUAAUGAUGAUUGUCUAUGAGCAUGUCUUUGACUGGCUAAAGAAAUUUAUCUAAUCUUUGAUUUAUAUUCUCAAUAUUUUUAUAAUUAUUCCGUGACAAAUCUCCCCCUUUUUUUUUUCUUAAUGGUGAUUGAUUUAUUCCUCCUUUUAGCUGAAUCUUUGCGUACCAGUUCCACUUUAACUCAGGGAUCAGUUUAUUCCAGUGUUUGGGGAUUAUCUCACCUAGUGAGAUAACCACAUACAAAAGUGAGUUAAUCACCACCUCCAACUGUGAGAUAUCCAUAUGGCAGAAAACAGUACAUGGCUGAGAUAGUCACAUGUGAAGGUGAGAUAAUCCUACAUGCCAAUAUAAUCACACACCAAGAUGAAAUAAAUGCAUAUCAGUGAUAUCUUAUGACUGAGGUAACCACAUGCCAAGGGGAGAUAAUCGCUAAAUUUCAUUCAUUUUGUGAAAUCUUUUUUUUAUGUCUCUCUUGAGCCUAUACACCCAUUAUUACUCUGAUUUUCAUGGCAUUUAAGAAGCUACCAAGAGUAUAGGACCCUUCCUCUUCCACAAACUGAAUGGAAUGUUAGUCCACUGCAAGUUUAACCUACUUCCUGGCUGCUGCUGCAGCAACUACUCACUUUCAAUUGAAUGGACUGAAACCAAUGUAAAAUGAAGACCCUUGCUCAAAGACAUACUUCCCAGUCCAAAAAUUGAAGCCAGGACCUAACAUUUGUGAGCCCGACAAUGAAAUCACUUAACCAAAUGCUUUUCACUUAACAAGACUAAGAUUUAGUAAAUUUUUUGACAUUGCUUAGAGUCUCUAAUCACUUGGUUACAAUCCUAUUUCUCAUAAAAUCUUUCAAAAAGUCUCUAAGUUUUAUGAGAAAAUACCAAUAAUUUUCCAUCCAUCCAUUUUUUCUGUCUAUUCUUGGGAGGGUCAUGUCGGUACAGCCCUCAAGUACCUCCUCCGUAGGGCCAGAAGGUCCUAUCUGAUAUAACGAUCAUUACACUUUCCAUCUGGAUUCCCAAGUAUAACAAACUGAGACUAUGGAUAUUAUCUAACCAUUUUAUUUUUGGUCUAUCCUUAGGUCUUCAGUCAGUUGGUUUGACUUGAAGAAUCCAUCUUGCAAUUCUUUCCUGCGACAUCCUGAUCACAUAUCUGUAGUACCAGGGUUGUGACUUCUCAAUGCAGAGAAGUAGCUGAUUGACUUGUAGGGACUCCCUGAUCCCUAAGCUACGCACCCUGUUGAAUAAUAUUACUCAAUAAUCCAUCAGAGGAACCCCAUUUUGGCCACCUGUAUUUAGACUGCACUCUUUCAGUCAUUACCUAACAUUUAUGACAGUAGGUGAGGAUAGGCAUGAAGACUAAAUUAAAAUUGAUUAUACAAUUAUAUAAUUAACAAAUACUUAAUUCUCAAAGUACUUUUGUCUACUAAAAAUUGAGAACAAAAGUAAAUCUUAACCCUUUAGCAUUUAAUCUGGCCGUAUCCGGCCAAAAUAUUCUACUCGCUUUAUGUUCAAAUUGGCCACAUCUGGCAUCUCACACCUACCCUACAAUGACAUUUUGAGCAUAAACAAUCACAUCAUUGAAAUCUCAAGGCUACAAGAUUAUCCAGAAUAAAUUCAAAAUGUGAAUAUGUUAUAUUUGACAGAAUAAUCUGAACACUGAAGGGUUAAAAUGGAUGAUUAAUUUCAUUUUUCAAACCCUUUGCAAAUGAAGUGUGUUUUCUUCCAUUAGCUACAAGUUUUAGAAUAUGAAAUAGGAUUUUAUGUUUCAAAUUGAACAUCAUUUGUCAGAGAAGGACUGCAAUGGAUGCAGUCUCAGACUCACUUAACUGGAGUAAAUACUAAUUUCUCAUAGAAACAAGAUCUUAUACGGGAAUGGUACAUUUAAUUCUGCUGACCUGUUAAAAAAAUAACUGCCAAAUCUGCCUUAAAUCAUACAUGACCUUUUUUUAAACAAGGAAAAGCACUAGAUUAUCUAGUCCUAUAUGCCCCUACAAAUAUGGGCUGGUUAUAUGGCUGGCUUGCUUUUGAUCAUAGGUUUGCACAGUUGGAGUUUACCUGGAACUAAACAACAAUAACAGCAACUACAAUUGUGAAAAAGCAAAACUGACCAGGGCACAGAUUGUACUCAGAAUAUAAAUUGACGAACCUGUACACUUUUGUAAAACGUUUUUUUUUUUUAUUCAGUUACUCUCUCAGUUCAUGUAUUUAAUUGCUCUCGGACUAAAUAAUUAUAACUAUAAAUAAUACAAAAAGUCA